AUGACGGGGAUAUUAAUAUUGUUAAAAGGUUGUUUUUGUGUCGAGCGCGAAAAUGAUAAAUUAGAAUUGGUACACGAGGUUUUGAACUUAGAUGAAUUGAAACAAAACACCGCUAAAAAAAAAAUUAGAGCAACUGAGCUAACUGAAAGCUUAUGGCUUUCCAAAGAAACAGAUGCAGAAUUUAAUAAGAUUUUUGCUGAUGAGGUAUUUUGUGUUGAUCUCCGCGUUGAUAUAGUCGAUUCUAUUAUUUUAUUUAAAUAUCUUAGUGAAAACACCAAACAUCGUAUUGCUCAAAACCUUAUUUACCAAAAGCUAAGUAAAGAUCAAGUCAUUUUUGAAGAGGGCACUGUUACUAAUUCUUUAUAUAUUAUUAUGAAUGGAAUAGUUGAAUUGCGAAAAAAUGAAAGUGUUAUUCGAACACUGACAAAUUAUGCUUAUUUCGGUGAAAAAGCGAUGUUGCUCAACCAGUCUCAUAGUUUAACAGCGGUAUGUCGUUCUGAAAAUGUUCAGCUGUGGAAGUUAGAAAAAGAACUGUGUUUUUCCGUGCUCAGUUCCACGGUUCUUAAUUAUUUGGUCGAUGUGCUUGAAGCGCAAAAUGAAGACGAUAAUUUAGACCAUUUUGAGUAUAUUGAUGAGCUUGGAAAAGGCAGUUUAGGAAUUGUUAGAAAAGUUCGUCAUCGUAGGACCAAGAAAGAGUACGCUUUGAAAUGCGUUUCAAAAAUGUUGAUUAAGCAAAAAAAACAUGAACAAUUACUUGAUCGCGAAAAAAAGAUGAUAAAAUCGAAUAAACACCCAUUUAUUGUUUAUUUAGCAAACUCAUUUUUGGAUGAUCGUUAUUACUAUUUUCUUUUAGAGUACUGCAAACUGGGAGAUUUGUUUGGCGUUUUGCAACACCUUCAAAUUUUAGAUAAAGAAAAAGCAAAGUUUUAUUUCGCCAAUAUUUUGCUGGCAUUGGAAUAUCUACACGACAAAAAAAUGUUGUUUAGAGAUUUAAAACCGGAGAAUAUACUUGUAUCCAUAAAUGGAUACUUAAAGUUGAGUGACUUUGGGUGUGCGAAAGAAGUAGAUUUUCGGACCAACAGUAUUGUGGGUACACCAAAUUACAUGGCUCCUGAAGUGUUGCUUGCUCGAUCAUAUUCCGGCAGUUGUGACAUUUGGUCCUUAGGGGUGAUGUUGUACGAAUUUUUGUUUGGCCCACUUCCUUUUGGUAACGACUCGAUAAAUCCGCUAGAAAUUUGCAGAUCAAUCCUGAUGAAUAACUUGACGUUUCCAGAAAAUUAUACAGAUAAAGAAACAAAAAACUUUAUAGAUAAAUUAUUGCAAAAGAAUCCGAUAAAUCGGCUGGGCUGCGGGAUUGCAGGUUUUACAGAAAUAAAGAACCACGCAUUUUUCACUGAUUUCAAUUGGGAAGCUUUAAUUAAUCAAGAGUCAACAGCGCCGUAUACGGCAAACAGCCUGCUAACAAAUUUGCAAAAUGAACGAGUUAAAUUCAACGAAGAAACAAUAAAGAUUAGCACUAACGCUACUCGAUGGGUGGAAAAUUUUUAA